AUGGGGUCCACUAAUGAGAACAGUUGCUUCGGCAAGGCAUUAAAUCCGCUGUAUACAGACUCGGAAGUGACUCCAGGAGGUUCGUCUGGUGGAAGUGCUGCUGCUGUGGCUGCUGAUAUGUGUGAUGUAGCAUUAGGAAGCGACACUGGUGGUUCAGUGCGACUGCCAAGUGCUUACUGUGGAGUUAUCGGUUUCAAACCCAGUUACGGACUCCUUUCAAGACACGGAGUCGUGGCUUAUGCUCAAAGUCUAGAUACCGUGGGUCUUAUUUCAAAGGACAUCUCGCUUGUAGAGGCGUCGUUUAAUGCAUUAAAUCACUACGAUCCCCAGGAUCCCACCUCAGUAUCGCCGUCUUUACGGGACAAAAUCGAAGCAAAUACUAGAAUUGCCAGUAAUUCGGGGUCAAAAGACCGAAAACUCAACAUCGGCGUUAUUAAAGAGGCUAUUAUCGAUUUGUCACCGGAAGUUCGUGAAAUGUGGAUUUCAUGUCUCGACCGACUACGACGAGACGGUCAUACUGUGACAGUUGUAUCACUGCCGUCUUUGAAAAGUUCGUUGCCAACUUAUUUCAUUGUUUCGUUGGCAGAAGCUUCUUCGAAUCUCGCGAGAUACGACGGUGUGAGAUACGGCAGUAGAGCCGAGUCGGAUCGUGACUCGGGUCCUACUGGCACUCUGUAUGGACCAACUAGAACUCGAGGAUUCGGAGACGAAGUCCAACGUCGAAUUCUUCUUGGAACUUAUAAUCUCACUGCCCGAGCAUAUGGAAACCAUUUCGAAAAGGCCCAGAGAGUCCGUCGUAAGCUGCAGAUGGAAUUCAAUUCUAUCUUCGCUACUCCAAACGUCCUGUAUCCCGACAAUUCAUACACUCCAGGCAACAUCGACGUCGUUAUCCACCCCACUGCCCGAACUAAGCCUCCAACUUUUGACAGCAUUUUCGACGCCGAGUCGGCUGUUGACUCGUAUGUCAACGACGCACUCACUGUCCCCGCCAACCACGCCGGCAUUCCUGCCAUCUCCAUCCCUUAUGGUGGUGUAUCUUCCAUUGGCAUGCAAAUCUGGGGCCAAUAUGGCGAUGACCAGAAAGUUCUCGACGUUGCCAGGCUCUUGUUGGCUAAUUAG